CCCUCCCGCCGCCCGACAUCACCAUCCCACCUUGUCACAACGAUUUAGGGUCAAUCUCCGAGACAGGAGGGUGCUCUUACCUCCACCUCCUCCUCUUCCUCCUCCUCCUCCCACCCCGGAUCCCCCCUUUUCUAUCAGUAUCUCCCUCCCACUCUAUCUCGGUGUUUUAUGUCUGCGUCACAACAAGUCGGUGGAGAGCGAGAAGGCAGGGAUGAUGGCGUCUCUGGCGGCUUGAUUCCGGUGCUGCUUUUUUUUAAUUAAAAAAAAAAAUACAAACCCGCCUUAAUAGCAUCAGGAGAGAGGGAGAGGGAGAGUGAGGGGGGAGGAAGAGAGCAAAAGCGACGGGGACAUGACGAAACGGCACCGCGGAGGACGGACAAACUAGAUUGAGAGACGGACGGACAGUCAGUCGCCCUCCUCCUCCUCCUCCUCCUCCUCCUCCUCGCUGACGGCUUGACUGACACACACAGGCGCUUGGCACAGACAGGGACAUACAUGCACAUCAGCCACUUUUUGCAAACACGCAGGCUGCGCAUCGGAGCGGGCAGUAAUUGGGAGAUCCACAGCAGAUGAGGGCAUUUCAUGUCCAGCCUGUCCAGGAAUCACUGUGACCCCGACGGAAAGGAGUUCGACUUGACAGGAUGGGGGGAGUAAGUGAAGGAGAUGAUGUGUUGGCUCGAUGGAGUGAUGGACUACUGUACCUCGGCAAUGUGAAAAGAGUAGAUGGAGUCAAGCAAUGUUGUCUGGUGAGGUUUGAGGACAACUCCGAGUUCUGGGUGCUGAGAAAGGACAUUCACUCGUUCGCUGCUGGAGUGGAAGAAGUUUGCUGUAUUUGUGACGCUCCACCUCUUAAAGAACCCCUCAUAAAUUGUCUUAAAUGUCGCCACGGUUAUCAUCCAGAGUGCCACACGCCAACCAUCGAACCGGAAGCUGACAGCGACUCGUGGAUAUGUCGGCAAUGUGUCUUUGCAGUCGCAACCAAGAGAGGCGGGGCCCUCAAACGGGGACGCUUCGCUCGGCUCAUGCAGUUCAUGAAACUCCGGCUCCCCUACCAGCUAUCGUCUUUGGACUGGGACCCGCAGCAUCUGACCAAUCAGCAGCAGUGUUACUGCUACUGUGCUGGACCUGGAGAGUGGAACCUGAAGAUGCUGCAGUGUGGAAGCUGUGGUCAGUGGUUCCACGAGGCUUGCACACAGUGUCUAACCAAGCCAUUGCUGUACGGAGACAGGUUUUAUCAGUUCCAGUGCUCAGUUUGUACAAAGGGACCAGAGACAAUCCAGAGACUACCCAUGACAUGGGUGGAUUUGGCUCAUUUAGUGCUCUACCAUCUCUCGCUGUGCUGCAAGAGGAAAUACUUUGAUUUUGACCAUGAAAUCCUGUCCUUCACCAAUGAGAAUUGGGACUCGUUGCUUCUAGGCGCGCUCUCUGACACGCCAAGGCAGGACCGCUGUCACAAUCUCCUCAACGCUCUAAACUCCCACAAGGACAGGUUUGUUUCUGGAAAGGAGAUCAAGAAGAAAAAGUGUCUUUUUGGGCUUCAAGUUCGAGCCCCGCCGCCACUGACAUCGGAUUCGUCGCCCCUCAUCACUGACCCACCUAUCAACAUCACGCACCGGAGAAGCCCUUUGUCACUACCCUGCCAGAGGAGAGUUGGGGGGCCAGAGUCACGUAAAUCAAAGCGUCGCAUCAUGGAGACACAGGCUUGUCCACCUCCAGUUGCUGCCAACCCUAUUGAGCUGCUGCCAUGUUGCCAUGGCUACAUGGGAGGGGCCAGCCUUUACAACUCCAGGAAGUCAGAGGAGGAGCUUAACUUGAGCUCUCCUCCCAAGCGGAUGUACGCCCUGUACCACACCACGUACAACGGAAACACUGCGCUCUCCAGGAGUCUCCAUCACUACAACAGUGUGGACGACACCUGCAGGUUACCGCCAACAUGCCUCCCGUACCCCCUCAACAACAAUGGCAGCCAUCACCACCACCAUGUCCACCAGCACCACCACAGCCACCAACACAACCACCAACACCAACCAGGGCAGAAGCCGCUGGAGCCCGUCAUCCUUCGUGACCUUCCCCCUUAUCAGGCCGGCAUGGGCGGAGGUGGUGGUGGUGUAGGAGGAGGAGGAGGAGGAGGAGGAGGAGGAGGAGACGGCAGUGGAGGAGGUGGAGUGGGAAUGGGAGUAGGGGGCACGGAUGGGACAGUGUCCAGGAACUGGGGAGGCGGGGAGGCAGUGAGGAUCUUGGCGAGACGUGUCACACCGGACGGGAAGGUACAGUACCUGGUGGAGUGGGAGAACGUGAGUUUGUACUGAGAGCGAACACCAGGCUCAAUGACUGUUCGGCAGUUGCCACAGGACUACUGUGUACGUGAUAUGUGGCAGUGUUUAAAGUACAAACGAAACAAAAAGAGGAAAAAAAGGAAACUUUGCAAAUCCAGGUUGCUCUCAUAGUAUCACCUCUAUUCUACAUCAUUAUAACCUCACUACUCGUUACUAAAUGUCCCUCUUUGCUAGUGUUUCUCUGAUAUUUGUACUGUUAACUUUGGAAUAUGCCUUUGCAUUUAUCAUGUUUUACAGUGACGAGGGAAAGUGUUCAAACCUUCUGAAGAUUUGUCAAUAUCUGGGCCACAUCAAUGGAUGCAGAAAAAGACAGAUUACUGUGUUUCUAAUAGUUAUGCAACAGUCCAAAAAUAAGUAUUACUUCACUGCUUUCAACUAGUUGCUGUUUACUUUCAUUUUUGCUUUUAGUUACCAUAAAUAACAGAGUAAAGAAAAUAUGGAAGCAAAGAUAUUUGGUCCAAAAGUCACUAAUUUCAAUGUUAUAAUUUGUUUAAUUUGCAUAAAAACCAAAAUGUAACGCACAAAGGACAAGUUUUGGUUUAGCUGGGGCAAUGUGCUGGACAAAGCUAAAGGAAGAUACCACGACCUCCAAAAAAAAUGUACUUCUUUCAGUCUUAUACUAAGCUGAACUAAGUUUCCUCUGGCUGUAGCUUCGUAUUUACUGGAUAGACACUACAGAGAAGUCUCUGUCUUCUAAUCCAGCUCUCAGCAAGAAAACAAAGAACUGUAUUUCCCAAAAUGUGGAACUAUAUCUAAAUGUAAGUCAAGUGGCGUUACCAUUAUAUACAAUAUGUGGUACUUCUUUGCCUUUAAUGUAGAGGACAGUGGAGAUAGAGACAGGAAAUGUGGGAAGAAGAGUUGGGGAAGGACAUGCAGCAAAAGGCCAUGGGUCAAAGUAAAACCAUGGCCACUGUGUUAGGGACUAUAGCUCCUGUCCAGGGGUCACCAACUCACACAGCUGAGCUACCGGGGCGCCCGUAUGGCACAUUUUUAACAACAGGUAAUGUGCCAACAUUUCUCAAUAGAGAAAUAGGAGAAUCAUUACACAGUUAUCCAACAAGUUUAAAUAUAAUACAAAUUCAUCCCAUUUAAAUAUUAAGGUUAAGAACCUACAAUAAUGUAAUUAUAAUAAUAAUUUACUUGACUUCUUUAAAUAUUAAGGUUUAGAUGCUAAAAAAGUAUACAGAAAACCCAACAAAUAUAAGAUUCCCUUUCUGUAGGCAUUUGGCAAUAGGGGCUCAGUAGUUUUAGAAUUCAAGCAAUUUGCAACACAGCGACUCCUGUUGCGCAAAAUGAACUUGCGCAAAUGGACUAAUAAAGUACAGUGGUACUUUAUGGUGAGAUAUAUGUAAAAACAUAACAAUGUCUCAAUUUUUUUUCUCUGUAGUACAAAGAAUAAUAUAAAGAAACCUGCAAGUCAUAACAUCAAAUGAUGUAAGAUCAGGAUAGAUGAGACUGUUGUGAAAAAAAAACAAGGUACAGGAUGUAUGUCUAGCACUUAAAAUGACCAAGAUAAGAGCCUUAAAGUAAAGGCAGUGAAAUGACUCUGGCUCACAGGGUUCAAUGCUACAGUCAUUACAGUGAUUAUCUGUAACCUAGGUGUCUAAAAUUGCGCCUUUUUCAACCAAGUCUUGCCCAUUUAUAGUCUAGACAUCUGAAGCCUCAAGUCAACACACAGGUGAUUAACAGCUGCUUUAAACAGAGAGAAGUUUUCACAUUAGAGUUGUUCUACUUAAAGGUAACAAACAGAAGCAGCGUUCCCCAUCGGUUGAUGUCCAAGGAAUGAAGCAGCAGCCAACACCGCACUCACAUCAGCCCACACAUUAGUAGCUGCUCAUUCAUCAACUUAUGUUCACAUGGAAUUCAGUGAGAAAAUUAACCCAGAGAAAUUAGCAGAGAUGAAUGAUCCGUCAUCGGUGAGAGGCUUGAUGACGGCUGGGCGGCGACUGCUGGCUGCUCAUAAAAAAGCAGUAACCUCUUAAUUGCCAGGAAGAGAGAGAAUAUUACAGUCAGUCUUAUAUUUUUAGCCACGCAGGGGGUCGUUGAAUAGCAGAAGGAUCUGACUGUGGCUCUAUAAACAACAAAUUCUCCGGAGGUUUUCAUAUUUUCUCUCAUCGCAGUAUGUUAAUAAGAGAUUGUAUACACAUUAUUAUGGGGUUACUUAUUUGUUAUGUUAGAUUUUGUCAUACAUAAUUUACACUUAGACUGCUGUACGUCUUAGAAAUAGGAGCCACGAGAGGGCUUUUGUUUUCUAGAUAGAAUUAUAUAUUCACAAUAUAUUGCUAUGAUGGAAUAACUUUAUUUAUUUAUUUAUUUAUUUUGAUGUGGUUGCAUAGUGCCUAUAUGGGUUGUGUACCUGCAGAUUGGUCUGCUGAACAGAUGGAUGAUGAGCGAGGAAGGCUCUUUAUCAGUUGACAGACGUGUGAAGGAGGACCAGUUAUAACGAACAGGACUGUGAUGUUACUGUACAUUCCAAACAACAAGGAAAAAUAAUAUAUAUGUUAUUGAAAUACAUGUUUAAAGUCAUCAUAACAGAUUUUAUUUAGGAGAAAAUAUGCUUUUUUGAUUAUUAUUUUGAUGAGAGUUUAAGUUUGAGUCACAGAACAUUGAAAAACAAAAGACACCAACUUAAAUCCAUAAAAUCUUCCAGGGUCUGUAAUUUAACAACAAAGCGUUGAGUAUAAAUGCAUUGACCGGCUGCUCAUGUCCCUUCCACUCAGAUGUGUUUAUAGAGGCAAGUGUUGGUACUGAAGUUGGAAAUUUUAUCUUCGUGCAACCAGGUUACAUAAAUCUAGAAUACUGUGGUGCAAGUCUCAGAGUUUAUAUUUUAUACAGAGGUUUAUUUCAGCAAUCUGUUCGAUAAAACUUCCACCACAUGUACAUUUUGUCAGUUUUAUCUUUGAAGACAAACCGCAUUACAGGUUCAGUUGAAAAAGCAAAAGACAAACACAGCAUUUAUGCAGUUCUAAUUGAUGCAAAAGAGUUUCUUUAAAUACCGACCUCUCUGUUGAACUAUUUCCAGUGGAACGAUGUUGCAUUGCAAUUCCCAUCCUCCUCAGUGACUAUUUGACUGUAGUUUAUUAGGAAGAGGCGUGUUGAAAACCUUUCUAGGCGAUGGUGAUGAAUGUAUUUGUGUGUUUUCUAUGGUAUGUCUAUACCCGUCAAGUGCUUGUUAUAGGUUGUACUCUCGGUGGAACUCAACCAGAUUAGUUUAAAACAACAUAGGAGGAAAUAAAGACAUCAACAUCGAGGAAAAAAGCGUUUAUUUUGGGAGACGUAGUCUUCUUUUUCUGAUUAGUAGUCAAGUCCAAGUUCAGUUUGAUGUAUUUUUGGAGAAAUUAUGUUUGUACAUGUAUACUCUGCGUUGACACACCUAAUAUGUAACAUGAAUAAUAAAAAAAUUCACCUCG